UCCUACAGUCAGCACAAGUGUUGCUAAUUGAUUAGCAAGUUGCGUAAACUUUGCGAUAGUAAAUGUUAUAAAUACUAGAGGAUUCUAAUGAUUUUUCACAGUUACAUAAGAAAAUCAAAAGGAAGUUAAACAAUAGAAAAUUAAAGGUGAAACAACAACAAUGAUAUUUGAGCUAUUGAGGAAACCUGGACCGCAAGAUAUGAAAUCAUCUACAGAUGCUUUUACCUAUUUCGAGUAUGGAAUGACUGCGGUUGGUUGGUUGCCGCCAUCGAGAGGACGAAAGUUGUACUUGAUGUUUAGAGGACUGGUAAUAAUUUGGUGUAUUGUAUAUUUGCCUUUUGGAAUGAUAAUGGGUUGUGUCAAGGACAUCAAAGAUUAUAAGCCUGGCGAGUUUUUAACAUUGCUAGAAACUGUAUUGAAUGAUGCAGGAUGUUCUUUAAAAAUUCUGGCACUGUACCUAUAUCUACCUAAAUACGAAAAAACCAAGAACCUUCUGGAGCGUUUGGAUGAAUUCUGUGUGAAUAAAGCGGAUCGUCAUACGAUUCGUUAUUGGGUUACACGAUGCAAUGUAAUCUUUAUAAUAUAUUCGUUUCUCUAUUACGGCUAUUUUGUAUUAUCGUUUCUGAACGGCGCCCUUCAUAAAAUGCCACCAUGGCGACUUUAUAAUCCAUUUAUCGAUUGGCGAUCGAGCACAACGAAUCUAUGGAUUGUCUCCAGUAUAGAAAUUAUCAUUCUAUCAUUUGCAAUUGUACAACAGCUGCUCAUGGAUGUUUUUAAUGUCAUUUAUUGCUUAUUGUUGAGAGUUCACUUGAAAAAUCUCCGAAAAAGGGUUCAACAAUUCCGCACAGAUCCCGAAGAGACAGAGCAGGAAAGCUAUGAUGAACUAACUAAAUGCAUAACGCAGCAUAAACUUAUUUUGGAAUAUGCCGACCUAGUGCGAUUACUAUUUUCAUUUAAUACUUUUGUUCAAUUUAUACUGAUUGGCGCUAUUUUGGGCUGUACUUUAGUCAAUUUAUUCUUUUUCGCUGACUUUUGGAUUGGAUUGUUAUGUGUUGUAUAUAUAUUUGGAUUGAUGUCUCAGACAUUUCCAUUUUGUUACGUUUGUGACCUAAUUAUAAACGAUUGCGACCGACUAGCUUUGGCUUUAUUUCAUUCAAAUUGGACUGGAUCAAGUCGUCGUUAUAAAUCGACUCUCAUUCAGUUCAUUCAUAAUGCUCAGCAACCGAUUACGUUUACCGCUGGAUCGAUAUUUCCCAUUUGCAUGCAAACCAAUAUCAAGGUAAUUAAAUUUUAGAAAUCAUUUGUUCUUGAACUAAAUGUUUGGUUUCUUUUUCAUUCUACCGAAGGUGGCUAAAUUGGCAUUUUCUGUGGUGACUUUUAUUAAGCAAAUGAACAUUGUCGAAAAGUCGAUGAAAAAUUAAAAGUUAACCAGAAUUCUCGAGGACAUAUAAAGCUGAAAUAUUUAUU